GCGCUGAUGGGCGGCUGCAGCAGGAGGCAGCCUUGCACUUGCACUUGUGCGACGAAGCCGUGAGCGGCCGGAGAAAGGAUGCAGGCGCCUGAGCCUAUGCCGAGCUACGAGCAGCUGCUGCGGCGUAGCUACCGGAGCCUGGCCGGGGCGCUGCGGAGCUGCAGAGACUGCGGCUGGGAACUGUCCCGCCGGACGUGGGCCGAGAACGCCCAGCUGGCCUGGACGGAGGCGCUGCUUUUUCUCCUGUGCGCCGUCGGUUGGACUCUAGCGCGCCGCGCAGCCGCUCGCUACCUCUUUCGGCCCAUCGCUGAGUGGUGUCACUUACCGCCCAAGGAUGCUGCUAAGAUGCCUGAAAGUGCCUGGAAACUGGCUUUCUACAGCAUCUCCUGGUUAUACAGCACAUACUUGCUCUUCUUUGCUGGAUACCCCUUUUUCCAUGACCCGCCUUCUGUCUUUUAUGAUUGGAAAAAGGGGAUGGAGGUGCCAAUAGAUAUUGCAAUCGCCUACCUAAUGCAAGGCAGUUUUUAUGGCCAUUCUGUCUAUGCCACCCUUUACAUGGAUGCCUGGCGCAAGGACUCGGUCGUCAUGCUCACUCACCAUGUGGUCACUCUGGCUCUCAUCAUUUUCUCCUAUGUUUUUAGAUACCACAAAAUUGGGAUUCUUGUGCUCUUCCUUCAUGACUUUAGUGACAUCCAGCUGGAGUUUACCAAACUCAAUGUUUACUUCAAGUACCGGGGUGGCAUUUACCACCGUUUGAACGACACCUUUUCUAACGCCGGCUGUGUCUCCUUCAGCGUUAGUUGGUUCUGGCUCCGUCUAUACUGGUUCCCCCUGAAAGUGCUUUAUGCCACCUGCCACACCAGCCUCCAGUCUGUCCCUAACAUCCCUUUUUACUUCUUCUUCAACGGGCUGCUGCUUAUCCUCACUCUGAUGAAUAUCUAUUGGUUCCUGUACAUUGUUGUCUUUGUGGCCAAAGUUUUGCUUGGACAAGUCCAGGAGGUGAAGGAUUUACGGGAAUAUGAUGCUGAUGCCGCCUCUAAGAAGAAAGGCAGGGAACUUCACCUCCACAAUUCUUGGAAGGAAGGAAAUCAUCUGAAGAAUGGCAUUGUGAAAGACAAGUGGUUAUAGAAGGCACUCGCUGGACCACAGUUGCACAGAGCCAAACUCUGGAGAAACCUGCAAGGACCCCUUCAUUCAAACUCCAGCCUGCUCAGGGGGGCCAAAGAAACAGAGCUGCACUCUACCCCACCCAGGGUUGAUAACUAGUGCUAGUUGGGGAGCAAUGUCCAAGACUGUUUGCAACUUUUCUUUUUUAAACCCUCUGGAGUUGGAUUCCAGCUGGAUUUCCGUUAACAGUGAUGGAUCUAGAAGUAGGAGGAAGGUGAUGAUGCGUCAUUUUGUCAUGUCAGGUUGGAGCAGAGCAUUCACACACACAGUAGCUGCUUCCACCCUUUGGUGAAUGAGUGGCCCCUAGCAGGAGAAGCCCCCACCAGGGUGAAGGGAUGAGGAACUGUCACUUUUCUGUGGCCUCUGCCUGGCAGGGCCCUCUCUGUGAUGGCCCCGCAAAGGUGACACUGCUUCCCCCUUGGUUCAGGACCCCUGAUUGGUUAAGAGAAAUAAUGGGGAAUCCCUUCAGAAUCUCCAGCUGGCAAAGGGAAUGGUGGAAGAGAAAAAGCACAUGUGCGAAUCAAUGAAUUUUCAGCCUUGCACAUUUGGGUUGAAAAGGAGUAUCCCACAGUGCUCUGCGGCACUUUUAUCAUUGUUCCCUUUUCUAAACAAUGUUUUUUUCCUCCUCUUUGUCCUGGUUGGGAGAGGAAAACGGGGUUGCGGUGCUUUGUCUCUCUGUAUACAUUGGUUUAGGUUGUAUACAAAAUAAGGCUUGAAUUCACAAUACAAA